AUGUCAUCUACAGGUGCUGCGAUAGCACAAACUGUACUCUCUACCACAUCGGUUCCGAGUUACGUGUUGGACUAUGCCCCUCUCAUCUGGUUGUACAGCCAGGACGCCUACAGACCCUCCGAUAUUGGGCAGCAGGUUGUGCACACGGUGCCAGAAGUCAACCGGACGGUGAUCGAUACUCCACCAUUGAAUCUGAAUAAUCUCGACAUCCUCAAUGACAUGGGAAACACCAGUGUUUACCUGACAUCGAAGGAAGGUAUCAAUGCGAACCCACAGCCCGCAUGGUUUGAAGGGGUCACGCCAAACGCGCAGGGCAAGACAGAAGGUGCCGUCAGUUGUGCCAUCGUGGUCUAUGAGCAUGGAAACGGAACUGUGGACGCCUUCUACUUCUACUUCUAUGCAUACAACCUAGGUGAUACCGUCUUGGGUAUGGAAUUCGGCGACCAUGUUGGCGACUGGGAACAUAAUAUGAUCCGAUUCGACAAUGGUAUCCCGCAGGCGCUCUGGUACAGUCAACAUUCUAGCGGACAAGCUUUCACGUACGAUGCGACCGAAAAGCAGGGGAAACGGCCGAUUGGAUACUCGGGAAACGGAACUCAUGCUGUAUAUUCUAUCGCAGGAGAGCAUGACCACACCAUUCCCGGCUUUAACCUGCCCGAAGGUCUCAUCGUCGACUAUACCGACCAAGGUGUACUGUGGGACCCCGUCCAGAGCGCAUAUGCUUAUAGCUAUGAUGCAACAACCCAGACUUUUACUCCGUAUGACGAGAGCUACCCGGUUAACUGGCUCUAUUUCAACGGUCAAUGGGGAGAUGACCAGCUGCCCAACCAGACGGAGAUCUUCGGACAGGUCAAGUAUAGCGCGGGACCAAACGGGCCUAAGUUCAAGAAGCUGGUUCGGGAAGAGGUCUGCCCCUCCAGUCCGUGCAUCGUGCUGCCCUUCCGGACGUGGAAGGAGAAAUAG